AAAUAAAUAAAAGGGGUCGGUCCAAUUCACAUUAUGGAGUCAUCCAGUCGCCUUCCCUCAGAUGUUCCUUGCAUGAUGGCAAUCCGCGCAACUCCUCGGCGUGUUAUUUGGCAUAGAUGAAGGUCGCGUGAGCUCCGCUGUGAUACAGUCAAGACGAGUAAAACAACCCACAAGAAUACGCACUGCUGGGCAAACCACGUCGUUUUCACGUUGGAAAGGGGUGACUUCAUAAUGGGUCGCUGUGGUGUGUCCCUGCUUAUUUUGCUCACCUUGGUGACUGUUUGCGCCUUUUCAAAUGCAGAGUUAUCUCGUGCUUGUACUGACGUGCCUCUGAGGGAUGCAAACCAUACCAAGAUGAUAUCAUCAACAGCCAGAAAUCUGCUGGACCAGUCCUUCGGCCAGUUCCUUGUCUACUGUUGGAAUGUUACAGUUGUAGAAAGGAUGAGGUUGAAGGCGACGUGUCAAUUCCAUAGGACCUGGCCCCGGUCCAUUUUCUUUAUGGUGUCUGAUGGCGCCCAACAAGGCCCAGGGUAUUACGUCUACAGUGAAUACUUUCCAGAAGAAAUUUUUACCAUGACACAGCAGCUUUCAUUAUACUUCUUCCUGGCAAACACUCUCCAGUCGGUUUCAUGCAAGGUUCAACCUGAUCAAGACAAUUCCGAUUUGAUUUGUGGUGACAGACACAUCCUCCUGAACGAUCAGCACCAUCUUAUCUUCUCCAUACCGACCAAUCACGUAUCUUUUGACUGCAAGUGGUUGGUGACCACUCGCUCCCAACAGCGGGGGACAUUCGUCUUGUUCCUCGAUCUACUGUCUCUGAGUCUGACCUACUACCAAAAGUUGUCUUUUGGAAGUGGACACAACGAACAGAACCGCUCCACCUUGGUCAAAGAAAUCGACAAAUACACGUUUAACAGCGAGAACGGCACGUCCUAUUUCUUCUUCCAGGAAAAUCUUUGGAUUUCGCUCUCAUCCACUUUUUAUCCCGGCUACGAUGAAGUCCAGACACUAUUGAUUCGUCUAAAGGUGAAGAACUGCACCAGUAGUGCAGUUCAGUGUAGCCCAGGACAAGUGCUUUGCUCAAUCGACUCCAAAUGCAUAUCUCAACGCAGCAUGUGUGAUGGUAUUGCCCAGUGUUCGGAUUACAUGGACGAAGGCGGUGAAUGUGAUUACUGUGGUGCAUCAAAAGUCGUUUUGGGUAUUGACGAGUCGCUCACCAUACUUGCCAACGCAACUGUUGGCCCUUUCUCACGUUAUUUUAUCGGAUUCUACGCAAUAUAUCCCGGAACACAAGUUCCGGGUAAUUUUUCGUCCGAUGGGGUCAUCGUGACUCAAUACAAAGAGGAGCCAAUGCUAUUUGAGUGCGUCUGGCGACUGACUGCACCAAACGGAACCCGAAUCCGGACCAAAGUGGAGAAAUUUAAAGGGAGUGGUGUCGUUCUGAAGGAAGGAAACGGCGUUCAUGUAGUCGGCGGGGUGCCUAUUCUCGUGAAGAAUUCAUCAUUCAAAACGAUUUCGUCACCUAUUGAGGUCUUAUCUUCAGACCAGAAAGUGUGGUUGACCCUUGGCCUGUUACGCAGUUCUGGAUACCUUUAUGAAAUGAAGCUUGUCUUCACAUCGCACAACGUAACAGACUGUGAAAUGAACGAAUACGCAUGUCCGUCUGGUCUUGGUUGCCUAAAAAAUGCAUCCCACGAAUGUGACGGCGAUAGACAAUGCCCCGGGUACGGAGACGAACUUGGUUGUGGCCUUUGCAAGGAUCAGUACUUGGAGUGUGCAUCAACAAGAGAAUGUGUUCCGCGCUACAAAAUAUGCAACGGCAUUGCUGACUGCAGCGACUUUUAUGAUGAAUUCCAGUGUGGUUACUGCGGAAAUGAGACCAUUGACACUUGGCCCCAAGUCAGCCACGUGAUUGAGCACAGCGAUGCCAAUAUAGAGUGCCUCUGGACCGUCAUCUCUGAGGUGGGAACUAAAAUUCAAGCCAGGAUCAGCGAGUUCCCGAGAGGUUGCUGCGUGACCUUCAGCAUAAGCUCUCGUCAACAUGGGGGUUUCCACAACAGUGAAGUCAUACGAACCGUAGACAGUGUUUUUUCCAACGGAAAGACUGUCUUCCCGACCUCCAUUAGUUCUAAUAAUUCAGUCAUGUGGAUAGCUAAGAAGUGUUUCCAGUAUAGCUAUUCAGAUUUGUUGUCAAUUUAUGUGCAUCAGUACAACGACACAGAAUGUCUCCCAAAUGAGGUGUUGUGCUCCUCUGGGGUCGCUUGCGUUCUAGGAACUGCUGUAUGUGACGGUUUGGCAGACUGUCCAGAGCAUUCGGAUGAAAUCGGUUGCGGUAACUGUUCCAGCAGCGAGUUUAUCUGCCGGUCGGGGGCGCAGUGCGUGUCGAGUGACCGUAUCUGCGAUGGCACCACUGACUGCAGGGACUUCUCGGACGAAUUUGAUUGUGGUCCUUGUGGGGAAAGCGUUUUUGACUUAUCGCUCAACACAUCUUGGAACAUCACCUCGCCCGGAUGGCCCGUUGACAUGUACCCUAAUAAAAUGCAUUGUUUGUGGUUGAUAAUGGCCGAAGAGGGAUACCGCGUCGUUAUGACGUUUUGCGAAUUCCAAACUGAGGAAGGAUAUGAUCUUUUACAUUUUGGUGGUGGUGGAUUCAGUGACAACUUUUUUCCAGUUAGUGGUCAAUAUUUCCCAAUUAGUGCUGCGUCCAAUAGAAGCACCAUGUACGUGAAGUUUACUUCCGAUCUGCUUGUGAGAAAGAAAGGUUUCCUGCUGUAUGUGGAGCAAAAGCCGGCAAACACAGUUCGGUGCGGAAAAGACGAAGUUCCUUGCAAAUCUGACGACCUGGUCUGCGUUAAGAACGACACGUCCGAGAGAGGCAGACCAGUUUGCUCUCAGGGUGUAUGUGGCUGGCGACGUUAUCAGAUAGGGACCCAUCCGCAGCCAUUAGGAUCGCCAGGUUAUCCGUCCAGUUACCCUGUGGAUGUUCACUGUAUCUGGGAGAUCACGGCUAGGAAAUCGGAUUCGAUACUAUUGUCGAUCCAAAAAUUUGAGACCGAAAGGAACCGUGACAAGGUGUUGCUUUUCAGCAGUUCAAGUUCGGAGAAAAACGUGUCUUUCGAACUCGACGGGACGACCAAAUUACGACACAUCCAGUUUAAUACCACGACACUCGAAAUUCAUUUUACGUCCGAUUCAUCUGUCACGGCAAGUGGGUUCUCUUUCAUGCUGUUUGGAAAUAACUCGGCAACCGAUAAAACCUGCCGGGCCAAAUACCUCUUUGACUGCGGUGACGGGUCGUGUCUCUCGCUUGAUGCUCGUUGCGACGGCUUCAAAGACUGUCAGAUUGACGGACGAGACGAAGCAAACUGCGAAUCUGUUUCCUGCCCAGAUUUCUUCUCCUGUAACGACUCAAAAACGUGUAUCUACUGGCCUAUGGUCUGCGACGGUAUCCCAAACUGCCCAAAUAGACAUGAUGAGGUCGAAUGGGUGUGCGAAAGUAGUCGAUGUCCCUCUGAGUGCGAGUGCUCGACAAAGAACGAUAUUUAUUCCGCUACUUGCACAAACGGCUGGAAUGAGUCAACUAUCCAGCGCAUAGCCACAAGAGUAAAGCGCAUUUUUCUGUCUGAUGGUAACAUCAGUGCUCUGGAACCAGGACUAUUCAAAAGAUUUUCUGAUUUAAGAGUGCUACGUGUGAUCAACAGCAGCAUUAGAAGUAUUACACCUGGCGCGUUUGACGGACUGCAAAAUCUAACUUUCUUAGACAUCUCUGGCAACCACAUCACCCGUUUUGAUGCUGACUGGUUUAACGAGCUGCAGAAUCUAAAGCACCUAGCUGUGUGCCAUAUGCCGGUGGAAACAAUAGGAAACGGAGCAUUUAACGGCUUGAAACAACUGCGGACGAUGAUACUAAUCCGAGGUGAAUCGGCCCCCAAAACCUCAGUUGAAGUUGAGAAGAACGCAGUGACUGAUUUAAUGAACCUUGAAACACUGUAUGUAGAUGACCACCGUCUGUGCUGUGGGUUUAUUGAGUUCCUGACGCAUUUCCAUGUGAACAACUGUAAGACUACUGAGGUCCAGCCUCCUCUAAAUCUGUGUGGAAGUCUGAUGCGUAACAACCUCCUUCGUGUUGCUAUGUGGACUCUGGGUCUAAGCGCUCUCAUCGGCAACGCACUGGUCAUUAUUUGGAGGUGUUGCCAGGGCAAAGAAAAUGGCGAGAAGAAGACACACUCUUUGUUUGUUCUCAACUUGGCAAUUUCGGAUCUGAUGAUGGGUGUGUACAUGCUGAUCAUCGCUGGGGCUGACGUGUCUUUUGGUGCGGAUUACUCCCGCACAGCGAGCGAGUGGCGGUCUAGUGUCGUCUGCAAGGUAGCAGGUGUUCUCUCUGUUCUGUCCAGCGAGGCUUCUGUGUUCUUCGUCACCCUCAUUAGUGUCAGUUGUUGCUUCUCCAUCAUGUUCCCCUUCAGUCGGACACGGAUCGGGGAGAAAUCAGCCACCUUCCUGGUGACUACCAUUUGGAUGGCCGCAGCCGGCCUCAGCAUCGGACCCACCGUCUUUAUCGAUUCCAAUUCUUCAGAGGUCUACGGCCUGUCCGAUGUUUGUAUCGGUCUACCCUUGACCACUAUCCCCAAGAGUUACAUGAUCCAAGAGCAUAACCUCGGUGAUGCAAUCAUGCCCGACACCAUAUCGAUCCCUGUUGGACAAGGAAAGCAGCCUGCCUGGAUUUAUCCCAUCGUUCUCUUUCUUGGCGUUAACUUACUGUGUUUCCUAGUUGUGUUCGGCUGCUACGUCGCCAUCUUCGUCAAGGUCAAGCGCACGGUCAAAAGGGUUAGGAGGAUGACCCACCGCAAUCAGGAGAUCAAGGUGGCCCUCAAAAUGGCGCUGAUAGUCGGUACAGACUUUGCCUGCUGGAUGCCGGUGAUCAUCCUGGGAAUCCUGUCGCAGACCGGGGUGAUGGACAUCGGCCCUGAUAUCUAUGCCUGGAUUGUGGUUUUCAUCCUACCAAUCAACUCGUCUCUCAAUCCGUAUUUGUACACCGUGUACACCGCGGUGGUGAGUCGCCGUCAAAAUUUGAACUCGGUGAAAUCCCAGCUAGGGAGCGAAAUGAAGACAAGGUCGUUAGAGACAAUUAGCUCGAGUGUGUACGACUUUAAGCAAUCCUAAAUUCCUUCAACUCUAACAAGCCCUUAUCAGAUGUUUAUUAUGAAAAAACCCAAUGAAUCACACAGCAGCAAAUAGGUUAUUGUUUACAAUGCACUGGCAGUUUUUUGUUGAGAGAUAAGGUAUCAGUAGGCUUAUUUAUAGAUAAUACCAUCGUGACAGUCACAUACCUUCUGGAGACUCACAAAAUCUGUUUUCGGAGCAUGCAUAGUUGUGAUGUAAAAGACAAUCUCAAGUAAAUACCAUUGAACAGUUUUGACACACCGGUGGCCGUUGCACAGAUGAACUGGAGACACAUUACAGAUGGGAGAUGAGUUUUACUGUGUGGAAGAGCCGCCAUGUACCACCAUGCCUACAUGGUCUAUGCAUGGAUAUAAAAUAUUCACCUGUCGUCCUAGACUUAAUCUUUAGCUUUAGUCGCUGUACUGUUAAAGCCAUAGGCAUAGGUCAGUUAGGUAUUUUAGCAACAUUACAUGUGAACACAUACGUUUUUUAUUGCCGGAUUUUUGUGGUCGACCCAUAUGUGGGAAGUUGUAUUAAUUACAGAGACGCAUGCUCUUAAGUGUAAUUUUAUGUUCAAUACGGGCGAUUCACAAAAGUGCACCUCCAAAAGUUUGCCGCGCCUUAGCCAAUCAUAAUGCACGAAAUCUGUCGCCCCUUUCCAAAAGCGUAUUAGGUUGACAGAUUUCGCGCAUUAUGAUAGGCCAGUUCGUUACAAACUCUUGGAGGCGCACUCUUGUGAAACGUCCGUAUUGAAAUUUCUUUAAAUUUUCAAUUCAUUAAAAUAAUUAAUGUUUUAUCAAGUGUGGAACAAGUGGGAAGUUGUUUUAGUUUAAAAAGUACACUUGCUUUUACGUGUGAAAUAUUGUAUUUUUUUGUCUCACUGUUCAAUA